GAUAAGGAUCGCGCAGCUGCUGUGAACAUGGGUACCACAGACAUAAAGCAGUCUCUGAAGAUAAAGCAACGCCAAGAUCGCAGCAAGAGCCUGCAAAUUCCGGAGGAAACUGAGCCCGGAGCAUUGCUGACACUUGGUUUGCGCGAAAUGCGCUUUGGCGACGUUAAUGUCGCUAUUAAUUGCAUUAAUAAGGCACUGGAGUUAAAUCCGAAUGACAAGAACGCUUUGAUAGCACGGAGCAAAUGUCAUCUUUUACUGGGUGAUCCACAAAAGGCCCUCGACGACGCUGAAGCGGCUUUACGAUUAAAUCCUAAGGAUUCUAGCAAGUCCAAGGCGGUAUACUGCAAGGCGGAAGCUCUCUAUCAUCUUGGCGAUUUCGAAAUGAGUUUGGUGUAUUAUUACCGCGGGAUGAGAAUUCGUCCAGAAUUUGGCGAGUUUCGCCUUGGUGUCCAAAAAGCAAAAAAUGCGAUACAGAAUGUGUUACGUAAGAACUAA